AUGGUUGUCUCGGAACCGGGACAGAAUUAUGAUGGUCUGAGAUCUAUUAUCUUGUCUGGUGGUAUCCCAGCGACCUUGUCUGGAGGGUUGAAACCAACUUAUCGCCUCCUCAUCCAAUACCUCAAGUAUGUCGACAAGAUCAAGCUUAAGGUCCUCCCCAAGUCACGUAUCCGUGAUUGCUUCUAUGUCCUACUCACAGCAACCGAGGCCUCGCACCGCAAGCAAGGUCUCCUGAGCGCCAUGAUAAAGUACUUGAUGGAAGAGGCGCGCAGGGUUGCUAAGCCAGUAUGGCUUGAGGCUACUUCCCGGUACUCAAUGAAUCAGUUUCUUCGGCAUGGUUUCGAGCUGGUAGAAGAUAUUAGGGUGGGCGAGGGCAAAGUGAAUAGCCAGGGGAAGAAGGAGGCCGGCGGCGAUGGGGUUCUGAUCGCUUGUAUGAUCUGGUGGCCAGAAGAAAUGAAGGAGACGUUUACAAACAAGAGUUAA